AUGGACGUGAACACCUUGCACCACGACCCCCACGCCCACGGCAAGCGCACCUCCAUUACUGAACUCCUCAAUCCCAUCAACGCACCCCCCAGCGCGCUCGAGCCUCGCUACCACCCAAAUCAGCUACCCCCUCUAUCUGCCGCGUUCAUGGGUCCCCCACACGCGCAACCCGGCCAGCCCACCGCACAACCCUAUCCGUCGCCCAUGAGUGCCCCUGCAUCUUUCAGUCUGCGCGCGGCAAGCUGGGAUCAGAGCGCGAAGAAUGACAUGGGCAUCCACAGGCCCGACUCCGAUCCCAGUGCAUGCCGCUACCCUUCGAACGCCGUGCAGCAUCCGAUGUAUCAUGAUGCGUACGUGAGGCCCGUACGUCCCGGCGAGGAAUCGCCCGCAUAUAGCAUGCAGUCUCCUGGGUGGCACAAUUCCCCCGAGCCCGCGAACCAGGCGUACGUGCCAUCGCAAAUGUCGCCUCCAAUGACCAUGUACUCGGAUGAACGCACAGCCAUUUCGGGAGAGGCCAUCCAAAAGACCUGGCAGACAGCCGAAAGAGCGUCUGUCCGCCUCGCUGCUCGAGGGACCGUGCCGAUGCCAAUGCAGUUACACCCUCAGCUGCAGCGGAGCCAGGCAUCUCCUCCCCAAGCGUAUUAUUCGGCGCCCAUGGCCUUCGCCAUGCCGUAUCCUACCCCACAACCCAUGCCAACGCCAAAGAGGCAGCUGGAAUCUCCUGAAGAAUCUGACAGCAAGUCAAAGAAGUCGAAGACGCGAUCAAAGGUGACCGACAAUGCUGCUUCCUCGCGGCGCGGCUACAACGCUAAGAAGCGCAAUGAGGCAGCACAGAUAGCGGCACAAAAUGCGCAAUUGAUUCCUUCCGUAUCGUAUGCUCACGUGUCAAGUGAAAAGGGCAAGGAGAAGGCAUCGUCUGGAAGCAGCACCAUGAAGCUCGUCUCGGACGACGGGCUGCCGCACCCCGAGGCGUCUGGUCCUUUGCAUCCCGAGCUUCAGUUUGCGCGCUGCAUGUCAAAUCGCUAUCGAUCGGAAGAGUUCCCCCGCUGCGUCUCCUGCACGCGUCGGUGGGCGGGCGACACUUGCCGGUUCCAGGGCAUCCGGUUCUUCCUGAAGAACGACAAGAAGCACAUCGUUGGCAUCAGCUUUGUCGAGAGCCAGAAGCCCGACUCGCCGACUAUGAAUUUCCCGCUAAAAUGGAACAUUCCCCUCGAAAAGAGCCACAUCAGGCGCAUUAAGCGGACGGUGGCCUCAGCGCUGCUCCAGACGCUAAAGAAAGAACUCGAGCACCUCAGCUUACCUGAGGUCAUCCGCCGCACGCGGGAGAGCGAGGUACGCGCGACAUGUGACACUUGCAUGACCUCUAUCUUUUCAAGCAGCUGGAUGUGCCGGCUGUGCGGCCGUGAGGCUUGUGCCGAAUGUUUCGAGCAGGUCAAGGAGCUGACCAUCGACCGGGACGGCGCCCCCGAUGCUGAGAUCGCUGCGCUGCAGGCGCGCCGGGAGCGACAUGCGCACGUCAACCCGUUUUUUCUCUCCUGCACCCGGCGCAACGAACAUCAGGCCAAGGACUUCUCGCCCAUGUCGCGUUUCUGCCGAUCGGAGCUCGAGGAGGCGAUUACCGAGAUGGAGGCGCUGCUGCAGGAGAGCGACCAGGACGCGCUGGCCCCAGACUCUGGCGCGUUCAACCCACCUUUGACGGCUGCGCGUGGCGACGCGUCCGACUGGUCGAUGCCCGCGCCAAUGUCAAUGUCCGGCCGAAGUGCGGUUAUGCUUCCCAACAUGGACUACCCAGCGCCGCGUGGGUUCUCAGGACCAGUCAAUGGUGGCAUCCCGCCCGAUCCUUCAUCAUUCGCUGCCGGCACGUUGUCCACGCCGCAGUCGGCGGCAGGCUUCUCGAGCAUCCCGUCUCAUGAUACGCUGAGGUUCGCGGACUCGCAGCUGACGGACGACCUGUUCCGAAGCGUAUGGACGAGGGGCGAGCCGCUCGUCGUGACGGGCUUGCAGCAGAAGUUCCGCAUACAGUGGACCCCACAGUACUUCACGAGCAAGUACGGCACGCAGAGUUGCCUCAUCCUCGAGUGCCAGACCGACCAGAACAAACGCGUCACGGUAGGCGAGUUCUUCUCGUGGUUCGGCAAGUAUGAGGGCCGCAGGGACUGUUGGAAACUGAAGGAUUGGCCGCCAACGACAGACUUCCGCACGUCGUUCCCGGAGCUGUACGACGACUUUGGCAAUGCGACGCCGGUGCCGAACUAUGUCAGACGCGAUGGCGUGCUGAACCUUGCCUCGCACUUCCCCAGCAAUACGGUCGCACCUGACCUCGGUCCGAAGAUGUACAACGCGAUGGCCUCGUUUGAGUCGCUCGGCAGCAAGGGCACGACGCGGUUACACAUGGACAUGGCGGACGCCGUGAAUGUCAUGUUGUAUGCGGCUGACACCCCUGACGGGCGACCCGGGUGUGCCGCGUGGGACUUGUUCCAGGCGGAAGACUCGUCAAAAGUGCGGAAGUUUCUCCGAAAGAAGUUCAAGGGCCAGUUCCAGCACGACCCGAUCCACUCCCAGCAGUUCUAUCUGGACUCCACGCUUCGGCAGGAACUGUUUAAGGAGUAUGGUGUCAAGAGCCAUCGCAUCUACCAGAGGCCCGGGGAGGCUGUCUUCAUUCCCGCCGGCUGCGCGCAUCAGGUGUGCAACCUCGCGGACUGUAUUAAGGUGGCGAGCGACUUUGUCAGCCCAGAGAACAUCGGCCGGUGCGAGAUGCUGACGCGGGAGUUCCGCGAGCAGAACCAGUCGAUGGCGUGGAAGGAAGACGUCCUGCAGCUGCGGACGAUGAUGUGGUUUGCCUGGCUGUCGUGCUGCCGCCAGGAGAAGGACAUGGACUCGUAACGGGAGGGGACGCUCGCUGUGUUAUAUUGCUAUGUUGUUCGAGCCGGUGCUCUGCAUUCACGGUUGCUUUAAUUCCUAUCCUGCCCGCGCACGCGUCUAAUCGCUGUCUGCAUGUACUGUGUAUUGGCUCUGUUGUCCGGUUCGGCCCCAUGGUCUCGUACAAAGUAGUGACAUUGUAUAUUGGAUACAUACAUGACUCGGUGAACAGAAUACAGACUAGCAUAUUUUCGGUGG